AUGGGACUAUAUCGAACGGUCAUAAACAAGCUAUCAGAUCUCCCAGAAUACAAGAUCCACAAUGGACGAAAACUACAUGGACGGCUCCUAAAUUUGGGCAUUGGCUUCAUUGCCGGCACCGGCUUCAUGUUUGGUUAUGACCAAGGAGUCAUGAGCUCUUUAUUGACGCUUCCUAGUUUCCAACGACAAUUCCCAACUGCCACACCUUUCUCAACAGCAAACGAAGUAUGCUAUGAAGAAGGACAAUGCACCGGUACGCCUGAGCUUCAAUCAAACAUGGUCAGCAUUUAUCAGAUUGGUUGCUUUUUGGGUGCUGUGUUGGUCUUAUUUUACGGUGACUCUUGGGGUAGACGCAGUUCGACAUUUUGGGGCACGUGGAUCGUCAUUGGUGGCACUAUUAUCCAAGCAGCAGCACACGAUUAUGGAACUCUUUGCUUUGGUCGUAUCUUUGGUGGCAUCGGCAAUGGCAUGGUGACAAGUACUAUUCCCACAUGGCAAAGUGAAUGUGCCAAACCCGAAGACCGUGGUUUCCUUAUCAUGAAUGAAGGCAUGCUUAUUGGCUUUGGUAUCAUGGUGUCCUAUUGGGUCGACUAUGGAUUCUAUUUCUUGGAAGGCAGCAUCCAGUGGCGUUUCCCUAUUGCAUUUCAAUCCUUCUUUUCUCUUAUUGUCAUUGCUGGUCUCUUUAUCCUUCCCGAUUCACCCCGUUGGUUGCUCAAAAAAGGCCGUGUGGAAGAAGCUCGUGAAGUGAUAGCCCGUUUGAACGAUGCCGAUGUCAAUAGUGAGCAAGUUGCUGAAGACAUGGCUAUCUUAGAACACACUCUUGCUCUUGAAGGUCAAAAGUUCUCCUAUCGUGAAUUCUGGAAGCAUGGCAGUGUACAACAUUUCCGUCGUUGUUUGCUUGGUGUCAUUGCUCAAGCUAUGCAACAAUACUGCGGUAUCAAUCUUAUCACAUACUAUGCAACUAUGCUCUUUGAGGAAUCGCUCGGCUUUGAUGCUGGCAUGUCACGUCUCUUGGCUGCUGUAAACGGUACCGAGUAUUGGUUAUCUGCUGUCGUUGCCAUGUUUUGUGUCGAACGAUUUGGUCGUCGUAAACUUAUGUUUGUGGGACUUGUUGGCAUGAUGUGCUCUAUGGCUAUGUUGGCAGGAUGUAUUUCAGCUGGUUGGCGAGAUGAAAUUGGCAACAUUGUACUCCCUGAAGCCGAAGGAUACGUUGCUACCUUGACGCUUUUCACUUUCAACACCUUCUUUGCCAUUGGUUUCCUUGGUAUGACUUGGUUGUAUCCUGCUGAAAUCAAUCCUUUGCGUACUCGUGUACAAGCCAACGCAUUGUCCACUUGCUCCAACUGGUUGUCCAACUACGU